AUGGAGAAUACAUCAAAUCCACCUCCAAGCGCAGAAGUUGUAGAUAAAAAUGCUGGCUUGAAAGAGUCACUCACUAAAUGUGGACGUUUUACAGAAAUUAAAACAGAAAAUCCGGAUAUUAGACGUAAAUUUUUCACAAGACAUAUGAAAUCCGUUUUCCAGAAAGACUUAACUUACAAGAGAUUCCCAACUGAUAGAGAAUUCCCUAGUUUCAUUUGUUCUGGUCGUGAUCUUGAUGAUAAAAUCGUUGUUCAUCCAAAAGAUUUUCAGAGUAUCCGAUCACAAUUAAAAUAUUUACGAUUUGAAAAGAGUGGUAUUCACCUCUGGGGUGUUUUCUCUGCUUGUUAUUUUGCUCCUGGCGAGCCAAUCGUGGAAUAUACAGGUGAACUUGUUAGAUUAUCUGUUACAGAAGCAAGACAGAAAUAUUACGAAACAGAGGGUAAUCAUGGCUCAUAUAUUUUCAGACUUGAUGACGAUUUAUAUAUUGAUGCUACUCAUAAGGGAGGAAUUGCUCGUUUCCUUAACCAUAGCUGCGAUCCGAACUGUAAAACAUGUGUUGUUGAAGCAGGAGGACAGCGCCAUAUUGUAAUUUUCGCAAAAAAGAAAAUCGAGCCAUUCGAAGAGUUGACUUAUGAUUAUAAUCUUCCGUACGAAUCCAAAGAAAAAGCUAUUGUUUGCUUAUGUGGAUCGCCAAAAUGCAGAGGUUACCUUAAUUAUACAGAUAAAAAAGAUAUAGAAAACGAACCAGAUGAUAUACCAUACCCUGUUAACGAAUCAUAA